CGUGUCCUGCAAGGAAAAGAGAGGCAGUUUCAACUUCUUGUCCAUCUCUUCUUCCCUUUCAGAAAACCCAGUCCAGGGACUCCUCAGAGACUGAAUGAUCUGCUUCCAACUGAUAAAGAAGGCCCUCUUUGGGCUUUUAUUCUUAAUACUAACUGUUUCCUCAGGUCUUUCCAGAAUGGAAAGUCAAAUAGACCUGCCUGAAUGUAUCAAGUAUUUAAACCAACCGUCAUACCACUGCACCCAAGAGUACAAUCCUAUCUGUGCCCAGAAUGGUAUAACAUAUAAAAAUGAAUGCGUAUUUUGCAGUGCAAUGAGGCCCGAUGUAUCUAUUCUUCGAUUUAAGCACUUUGGUCGGUGCUGACUCCUUGGUAUUCAAAGCCUGUGUACUGCCAUGACUUCUAAGGCUUGGUAUAUCCUAUACCAGUCAUGUUCUCCUCACCUAGU